AAUUUUUGUACUUACUAUGAUUUCGUAUAGUUUGAUCAUCAUUGAAAAUUUCAUUCAGUUCAUCGAUAGAUAACUUGAAAAUCGAGACAGACUAUUUAGUAUGUAAAAGUAGUCAGAGUAAACCUACUGAAGAAUUAAGGAUGUUCAUUAAUGUAAUAAUCAAUAUUAAUGAGUAGUUCAAAGUUCCAUGAAUAUCACAGCACAUCCUCUUACUAUACUUCGUUCAAUUACAAAACAUGAUUAUGCAGCUAACUAUUAACAGCUUUUAUUCGUAACGAUACGGAUGUUCUCAAUUUUACUAAACCAGAAUCUCCUUAUUUCGUAUACGCAACUAUAACGAACUUGAAUGUUCCAUUAAAAAUUGUAGCAAUGAUCCUUACACUUGCUACCAGGAUAUCUGUAAUAACAAUCUCGUUAAUCGUCGCUAGUUAUCCUUUCCUACAUAUGUCACCUAUUCAUUAUUACUUUAAUAUUAAACCUUUUACUUCAGCAUUAUCCAGUUCAUUCUCCUUUAUUAUACUAUCUACCUUCCAAUUGAAAACUAGUCAUUUUAUCGCGUCCGUUAUAAAAACUCUUAAACACAGUUCUCACAGUAAUCUUUUUCGAUGUAAAAAGAAAUUUAAACUUACAAGAUGUUAACAAUCAUUCGUUUAAGGCGCGAACCGGCUAGGUAGCCUUACCGACAAGUCCCCUAACAGGACUAAAACGAGACGCUCUUUCUUUCUUUCUUUCUUUCAUCCAUCUCUUUUUUACAACCACCAACCAUAGAAUAAACAUAUCUUUCAUGGUAUGCUAAAAUGUGCAUAUCAAAAGGUAUAAAUACGUACACCAUACAUGUGUGUGUGUUUAGUUAAAGUGCAACCGUGUCGCUGCUGUCAGUUUUUUCCAUACACGCGCACAUCGUACAGGUCAAUGGUAUACAAGAAAAAUGCUACAGUAAGAUUACACUAGUGAAGAAAAUAGGAAUAUGAGGAACAACAAGAUGCCGCAACGCGUGAAAAGUGCGUCCAACGAAAACAAAGUGAAGAUCGAGGAAGAGGCAUCUACAUCGUUUCCUCUAGCUGAGAAUUCCGGCGAAGAUGAUCCAAACGUAGCCGAAGUAGUCCUCUCAAACAAGGGAGGGCCAAAAUUGAUCCAUCGCGGUUUUAUGUACACGUUGCACAAAAAACAACCAUAUAAUAUACGAUGGAGAUGCGUUGGCAGAACGAUGCAUUGUAGAGGUAGCCUUAUCACGACUACGAGUUGUACAAAACCGAGGGUACGUAUGGAGCACAACCAUAAGCCAGACUUCGCUGCCGCUCAGGUUGCCAGGAAACGAUACUUGGCUCUUGGCAAACCUUGCGUAUUAACAAAUUUAGAAGGGAAUCAGAAUUCUAUGAAUGCACCACAACGGAUGAUCCAUAAAGAAAAUGAUGUCCCAAAGGAGCAGGAAGGAAGACGGCGGACCACGCGAACGACAGCUAGAAAAGUAUUGCAAUCACCGUCACAGUCCAAUACAACCGGUAAAACUAUAAGAAUAGCAGCACAGUCCUUGGUAAGACCUCACCUCAGGAAUAUUGCGCCUGCACCUAUACAGCAGCAACAGCAACAACAGCAACAGCAACGACAACCAAAGACUCUUGUGUUAAAAACAAUACCCCUUAAAGUAAAACAAGUUGCCCCUACAACCAUUAAAAUGCCACCUAGACAAACUACUCAAGGAUUACCUCAUAACAUUGUGCACCAACAGCCUACAGAGGUUUGUUUAAGAUGGAACAGUUAUCAUAGCAACAUGCAAAACAGUUUCCCAUCUUUGUUAGACUCUGAGCAAUUCGUUGAUGUUACCUUGGCCUGUGAAGGCCGUUCGUUAAAAUGUCACAAGAUGAUACUAUCGUCGUGCAGCGAUUAUCUAGCGGAUUUAUUACGCGAAAACCCCUGUCAGCAUCCGAUUAUUUUAAUGAAAGAUCUGAAAUUCUGGGAGGUUGAAGCACUAGUCAAAUUUAUGUAUCGCGGUGAAGUUAACGUUGCCCAUGAUAAACUGCCACAAUUAUUGAAUGCAGCUGAAGCAUUACAAGUAAAAGGAUUAGCUGGACCAAAUCCUUCAUCUCAGAAUCCAAAGCCACCGUUACUUAUACCGCAAUCAAAGCCAGUAUCUCAACCAGUUCCUCGAGCCUCAUCAGAGACCAAAGAGAAAGCUUCUACUUCUGGCGUUACUACGCCUUCUAGUCCGAAACGUGCACAAAAGCGACAACAUACAGAACCCACCGAACCAAAACCAUUUACCAAGAUACGCUUACAACGACCCGUAACACCUACGUCGCCGGGUGUUACAGUGAAAAUGGAACCGCUGGAUAUACCUCUAAGCCCAACCGAGAUAUUCCCCGAGACUACCGAAGACUGUUCGACACCGUCGAAUUUCGACAAACUAAUGAGUUUACACGAAGAGGAUGAUCCGGGUGGCAACGAGGUGACCGAUGGCGAAAGGGAAAUUAAUUUCUGCGAGAUACCCGAACCACCGGAUAUAAACGACAGCGAGGACCAAAUGGAAUUUGUACCUACAGACUUUUUAGACCAGGAACAAGACAUAGUCGAAGAAACGGAAACGGCAUCCAAUAAGGAUAACAAAGAGGAAUCUAGAGAUUAUAGUUCUGUCGAGCUUGAAGACGGUGAAAGAAGCGAAAAUGAAAAGGAACCAUGUUCAAAAGAGAAAAAACCUGUUUAGUAAGAUGAUCUAUAAUAUUCAGUGUUUCAAUUAUUGUUUAUGAGAAAUAAUUUAACGAGAUUUACGUUUCGAGCUUUUAGUUUUUUGAAAGGUUCUUAGGGUUAAUUAUUAUUGCUAUAAAAGUACCUUACAAAUUCUUCGCCUGAGAUUCAUUUUAUCGAUUCACUUUUAAACACAUACAUAUACAUAUAUUACUUUUGUGAUAUUGUUUUACGUAAUCUAUCAUUGCAACAAGCUUUUAAGCUUCGUUUCCGAUUGAAUAAAUAUAUGUAUCAAAACUCAGUCGUUCGUUCUUAGAGAAAUAUGAAAGGAUAUUUCAUUAAUGUUGUAAAUAGAAGAAUAUAUGCGGUUGAAGAAGUAAAACUAUUUUUACCACUUGCUAUAUGAAUUGUAGCAGCUAUACAUAUAUACGUGUAUAUCUUUCAAGCGUUUUCUGCGAGUUCAUUGUUCAAAAUUCAUAUUUCUAUACAAUCGAUUACGCUGGAAAGUACGAUUUAAACGAUAAUGAUUGAUUAAUUGUACAUAUUUAUAAAAGUAUGUAUAACCAGUUUUAUUGUGUGACUCUUAGGAACCGAGUACUGUACAUGACCUUUAAUGUCUUUAAGUGUAAUCAUAAUUUAUUUGCGUAAAAGUUAAUCCAUACUUUUAUAUUUCCAUAAAAUUGUAAUUCGUAUAACGAUAUCGGUGAUCGAUUAGACGUUAAUUAAUCGAUUCUUAAAUUGUUGCUAAGAAAGUAAACUUUCUGUAUUUUAAUCUGAUAUGUACAAACACAAUGAAAGUUUUAGUUGCACCUGUUGACAUCAUCUAACAAGUUUUACAAUCUUUUCAUAAUUUUUGUCGAAACGAAAUAUUUAAUUUUGUUACCGAAUUAAUGAAAAAUCGAUGCAUUUAUAAGAUGUCAUAAAAAUUCCUUUUCAUUAGAUAAGAUUGUAAGAUGGAUUCAUUGGAAUAUAGAUUGAUAAUUC